AUGUACGAUCCAGUUCGCGGCUUCUUUACGGCUGUUGCCAGCGACGAUAAGCCUCCAUCCUCUCCAUCGAAGCCGAACCACGAUGAUGACUAUGAAGAUGAACGAUCCAAACGACCCUCAGAUGCAUCAGCCAAUCCUCACCACGAUGAUGAACCGUCUAGGCAUCGUCGUGAACGGGAGGCAGACUCACAAAGCCAGAGCCCGGAACGAAAACGGAAGCGUGAACGCUCUCCUGACGAUGAACGGGCACGAGCAAGCACCCCCGAAAUAAAGCGAGAGCGAUAUGAACAAUCUCGAGACGACAGGUUUUCCCGGGAUGACAGACAUAGACCCGAUUCAAACCAGGAUGACCAUGAGAGUAAACGGCGACGUUUCGACGGCGAGAAAGACCGGAUCAGAAGAUUCCAGAACCAGAGGAGGGAAGCCCACGCUGGUGCAUACGCUCGCCGCGAUGGGGUGACAAGAUAUGAUAACCAGCAUCACAAUCAACGAGACCGAUAUGACAGACAAGACAGAAGGGGACCUCAUCAUGGAAAUAAUAGAAGAACUUCGCCUCAAUUCCGCCAUAAUGAUGCCCCACCCCUACCACAUCUCGCUGUCGAGGCGAGAUACAAAGACCCAGAGCCAGAGAGACGCCAGGAGCAAUCAGCUGAACCACAAAGGAAGCUCAAGAGGCCCAUGGCCCGUUAUAAUGCGGCCGAGAGGGAAGCCUUGCGAAAGCAACAACAGCAGUUAGAGGCUGAUAGAGAACGUGAGGCAGCUAAUGUAGCAGCCUCAAGGGGUGUUGACGACGUUGUCAGAUCGCAUUACAAUGCGGUACCAGAGCGAGGGAAAGAAUGGAGAAAGACGGAUUCUAAAAUUCGUGGUCUUCGUUCUUUCAAUAAUUGGGUGAAAUCCACCCUCAUUCAGAAGUUCGCUAAAAACGAAGACUAUCAACCAGGAGACCGGAGCAAUGCCCUCAAGGUCCUGGAUAUCGGCUGUGGAAAAGGUGGUGAUCUACUGAAAUGGAAGAGCGCCCCACAACCAGUGGAGCUUUAUGUCGGAGCUGAUAGCGCAGAUGUUAGUAUCAGUCAGGCAAAGGAAAGGUUUACCAAGAUGAAGGACGAGGAUCGAAGAAGAAACCGAGGAAGGCCUUCGAAUGAUCGAUUCCAUGCCGAGUUUUUCAUCUUAGAUGCUUGGAGCGAUACAGCGGAAUCGAUUCCGCUUAUUCGAGAUGUCGGAUUCGAUAUGGACACCAACAACCGAUGGGGUGGUGGAGGAUUCGACGUGGUUUCCCUUAUGUUCUGUAUGCAUUAUGCAUUCGAAUCUGAAGACAAGAUACGCGGGAUGCUUAGAAACGUUUCAGGGUCUCUUCGAAGGGGCGGUCGCUUCAUCGGAACAAUUCCAUCAUCCGAUAAGAUAUACGAAGGGAUCCAGAAAAAUGGACACGAUUUCGGCAAUAGUCUGUACAAGGUUUCAUUUCCAAAGAUCGAAAGUGCCAGAAAGUUACCAGAUGAUGGAGCCUGGCGUCCAGCCUGGGGCUGGAAGUAUUCCUUCUUUCUCGAAGAAAGCGUCGAAGAUGUUCCGGAGUAUGUUGUCCCCUGGGAAGCCUUUCGAGCGCUAGCAUUUGAAUACAACUUAAAACUGGAAUACAAACGCCUCUUCGAGGAUAUUUGGGAGGAUGAGAAGGAAGAUAGGGUCUUGGGACCCCUUAGUGAAAGAAUGGGGGUAAAGAAUAAGGAUGGUAGUGGGGAUAUCUUGGUGAAGGGUGAAGAGUGGGAGGCAUGCAGCAUUUAUAUGGGUUUCUGCUUCAGGAAAAUCUAA